CCGCUCCUAUAAACCCCACCAAUAUUCGACCGUUGCAAGUCUUCCUCCACACUGAACAACACAGAGAGAAAAAGAGAGGCCUUUCCUUCCAUUUUUGGUUCUUGGCCUCCUCUAUCUCCAUUCAAACCUCAUUACAUUAACAUUUCCUAUAUGAUAUCAUCAUAUUCUUCUUCAGACCCAACAACCCAAAUCUUCCAAGGAACCAAGAAUCAGAUCAUCCAAGAAAACCCAGCAAUGGAUUCACCUCAAACAAGGAAACCGGGGCUCAACCUCCCAACUGGGAUGUCCGAGACGUCGCUGCGCCUCGAGUCCUUUUCGGGUUCUUUUCGGGCGAUAUCGAACCUGUCUUCCCCCUCCAAGUCCUCGACUUGCAGCGACAGAUUCAUACCUUGCAGAUCUUCCUCGAGGCUUCACACAUUUGGGCUCAAUGACAAGGCCUCGCCCGUCAAAGAAGGCGGCAACGAGGCCUAUGCCAGGUUGUUGAAAUCUGAGCUUUUCGGGUCUGAUUUUGGGUCUUUUUCUCCUGCAGGUGGUGGUGGUGGUGUACCGUCGCCUCUGAGUCCCAGCAAGAACAUGUUGCGGUUCAAGACUGAUCACUCGGCACCCAACUCGCCUUAUUCGCCGUCCAUUCUGAGAAAUGAUAGUGGGUUUUCUAAUGAGUCUUUAACGCCUCCUAAGCCUCCUCGCAAGGUCCCCAAGACACCCCAUAAGGUUCUGGAUGCCCCAUCACUUCAAGAUGACUUUUACUUGAACCUUGUGGACUGGUCCUCGCAAAAUGUCCUUGCAGUUGGACUGGGCACCUGCGUUUAUCUGUGGAGUGCAUCAAACAGCAAGGUGACAAAACUGUGUGACUUGGGGCCCAAUGACGGGGUAUGCUCUGUCCAAUGGACAAAGGAGGGUUCAUAUUUAUCAAUUGGCACAAAUCUUGGUCGAGUUCAGGUUUGGGAUGGGACUCAGUGCAAGAGGGUCCGAACAAUGGGCGGGCAUCAAACAAGGACUGGUGUCUUGGCAUGGAACUCACGCAUAUUAGCUUCAGGAAGCCGGGACCGGAACAUACUUCAACACGAUCUUCGGGUCUCAAAUGAUUGCAUCAGCAAGCUUGUUGGCCACAAGUCUGAGGUAUGCGGGCUGAAAUGGUCCAAUGAUGACAGGGAACUUGCAUCUGGUGGCAAUGAUAACCAGCUCUUGGUCUGGAACCAGCACUCUCAGCAACCAGCUUUGAGACUGACAGAGCACACAGCUGCAGUCAAGGCCAUUGCUUGGUCACCACACCAGAGUGGCCUUCUUGUAUCCGGAGGUGGAACUGCUGACAGAUGUAUUCGCUUCUGGAACACGACAAAUGGCCACCAAUUGAACAGUAUUGAUACCGGAAGCCAGGUCUGCAAUCUUGCAUGGAGUAAGAAUGUGAAUGAGAUAGUCAGCACUCAUGGAUAUUCCCAGAAUCAAAUCAUGGUGUGGAAGUAUCCAUCCAUGGGAAAGGUUGCCACUCUAACUGGCCAUAGCAUGCGAGUUCUUUACCUUGCAAUGUCACCAGAUGGUCAGACAAUAGUAACUGGUGCUGGAGAUGAGACCCUACGAUUCUGGAAUGUCUUCCCUUCUGUGAAGACACAUACACCAGUCAAAGAUACAGGCCUUUGGUCACUAGGAAGAACUCAGAUUCGAUGACUCUGUUACACAUAUGAAGAUACUUCUCUGAUCUUAUUUUGUAAAUGGAGAUACUGUAAUUUAUAAGAAGAUACUUCCCUGAUCCUAUUUUGUAAAUGGAGAUACUGUGAGAGGCAGAUAAAU